AUGUUGUCUGCUCGUGUUGCCUUCAAGAAGCAAGGUGCUGUUAGACAUUUGGCUACAGCCGUCUCUGGUACUUUGACCAGAGACUCCAAAGUUAACCAAAACUUGUUGGAAUCCCACUCCUUCAUUAACUACAAGCAAAAUGUUGAAUAUGUGAACAUUGUCAGAGAAAGAUUGGGCCGUCCAUUGACAUAUGCUGAAAAGAUCUUGUACGGUCAUUUGGACGAUCCACAUGGCCAAGAAAUUGAGAGAGGUGUUUCCUACUUGAAAUUGAGACCAGACCGUGUUGCUUGUCAAGAUGCCACUGCUCAAAUGGCUAUUUUGCAAUUCAUGUCUGCUGGUUUGCCAGAAGUCGCCAGACCAGUUACUGUCCACUGUGACCAUUUGAUCCAAGCUCAACUUGGUGGUGAAAAGGAUUUGAAGAGAGCCAUUGACAUCAACAAGGAAGUUUACGACUUCUUGGCUACUGCUACCGCUAAGUACAACAUGGGUUUCUGGAAGCCAGGUUCCGGUAUUAUCCAUCAAAUCGUUCUAGAAAACUACGCUUUCCCAGGUGCUUUGAUCAUUGGUACCGAUUCUCACACUCCAAAUGCCGGUGGUCUAGGUCAAUUGGCUAUUGGUGUCGGUGGUGCUGAUGCCGUCGAUGUUAUGUCCGACUUGCCAUGGGAAUUGAAGGCUCCAAAGAUUAUGGGUGUUAAGUUGACCGGUAGAAUGAACGGUUGGACUUCUCCAAAGGAUAUCAUCCUAAAGUUGGCUGGUAUCACCACCGUCAAGGGUGGUACCGGUAAGAUUGUCGAAUACUUCGGUGAAGGUGUCGACACUUUCAGUGCUACCGGUAUGGGUACUAUCUGUAACAUGGGUGCUGAAAUCGGUGCUACUACUUCCGUCUUCCCAUUCAACAAGUCCAUGAUUGACUACUUGGAUGCUACCGGUAGAUCUAAGAUCGCUGAAUUCGGUCAAUUAUACCACAAGGACUUGUUGGUUGCCGAUGAAGGUGCUGAAUACGACGAAGUCAUUGAAAUUGACUUGAACACUUUGGAACCAUACGUCAACGGUCCAUUCACCCCAGAUUUGGCUACUCCAAUCUCCAAGUUAAAGGAUGUUGCUGUUAAGAACAACUGGCCAUUGGAAGUCAAGGUCGGUUUAAUCGGUUCUUGUACUAACUCUUCCUACGAAGAUAUGUCCAGAGCUGCCUCUGUCGUUAAGGACGCUGCUGCUCACGGUCUAAAGUCCAAGUCUAUCUUCACCGUUACCCCAGGUUCUGAACAAAUUAGAGCCACCAUCAAGAGAGACGGUCAAUUGGAUACCUUCACCGAAUUCGGUGGUACCGUUUUGGCUAACGCUUGUGGUCCAUGUAUCGGUCAAUGGGACAGAAAGGACAUUAAGAAGGGUGACAAGAACACCAUUGUCUCUUCUUUCAACAGAAACUUCACUGCCAGAAACGAUGGUAACCCAGACACUCACUCCUUCGUUGCUUCUCCAGAAAUUGUUACCGCUUUCGCUAUUGCUGGUGACUUGAGAUUCAACCCAUUGACUGACACUUUGAAGGACAAGGAUGGUAACGAAUUCAAGUUGAAGCCACCAACUGGUGAAGGUUUGCCAUCUAGAGGUUACGAUGCUGGUGAAAACACCUACCAAGCCCCACCAAAGGACCGUUCUUCCGUUACUGUCCAAGUUUCUCCAACCUCUGACCGUUUGCAAUUGUUGAAGCCAUUCAAGCCAUGGGAUGGUAAGGAUGCUUUGAACAUGCCAAUUUUGAUCAAGUCCCUAGGUAAGACCACCACUGACCAUAUCUCUAUGGCUGGUCCAUGGUUGAAGUACAGAGGUCAUUUGGAAAACAUUUCCAACAACUACAUGAUCGGUGCUAUCAACGCCGAGAACAAGAAGGCCAACUGUGUUAAGAACUUCUUCACUGGUGAAUACGACGGUGUUCCAAACACUGCUAGAGCUUACAGAGACGCUGGUGUUAAGUGGGUUGUCAUUGGUGGUGAAAACUUCGGUGAAGGUUCCUCCCGUGAACACGCUGCUUUGGAACCAAGAUUCUUGGGUGGUUUCGCUAUCAUUACCAAGUCCUUCGCCAGAAUUCACGAAACUAACUUGAAGAAGCAAGGUUUGUUGCCAUUGAACUUUGCUGAACCAGAAGCAUACGACAAGAUCAACCCAGAUGACACCAUUGACAUCGUUGGCUUGAACGAAUUCGCUCCAGGUAAGAACUUGACCAUGAGAGUUCAUCCAAAGAACGGUGAAGCUUGGGAAACUCCUUUGACCCACACCUUCAACGCUGAACAAAUCGAAUGGUUCAAGGCCGGUUCUGCUUUGAACAAGUUGGCUCAGUCCAAGAAAUAA